AAGUGUAUCGCAUUCGGUUCCAGUUUCCACUGUUCACAAAAAUUCGUAGAUGCAAAUUUUGUAUUUCGCGACAUUUUUGUUAAAGUAAAUUGUAAAUUGUACCCUUUAUAUGGUAUUUCCAGUGAAAAGAUUCUAAUGUUUUCAGGACACCAGUGAGCCCAUACUUUUAGUCGAAGAGGACACGUAGUUUCAUUCACAAUGCCUCUUCUGGAUGGAAAAGAAAUUGACAUAUUCUUUAGUGAAGAAGAUUUGCCGUAUGAAGAAGAAAUAUUAAGAAAUCCAUUUUCAGUUAAACAUUGGCUUAGAUAUAUUGAACACAAAAAGGGGGCUGCUAAAAACGAAAUAAAUAUAAUUUAUGAAAGAGCUCUCAAAGAAUUACCAGGGUCUUUUAAACUAUGGUAUAAUUAUUUAAAGCUGAGAAGGUCACAAAUAAGAGGCAAAUGUAUAACUGAUCCUGUAUAUGAAGAUGUCAAUAACUGCUUUGAAAGGUCUUUAGUGUUUAUGCACAAAAUGCCUAGAAUUUGGAUGGAUUAUUGUACUUUUUUAACAGAUCAAUAUAAGGUCACAGUUACGAGAAAAGCAUUUGAUAGUGCAUUAAGGGCACUACCUAUAACUCAGCAUCAUAGAAUUUGGCCUCUUUAUCUUAAGUUUCUCAAGAAACAUAAUAUACCAGAAACUGCUGUAAGAGUUUUUCGAAGGUACUUAAAGUUGUGUCCAGAAGAUACAGAGGAGUAUAUUGAUUAUUUGAUUUCAAUUGAAAAGUUAGAUGAAGCAGCUUUAAAGCUAGCCCAACUUGUGAAUAAUGAAAAUUUUCAAUCCAAGCAUGGAAAAUCUAACCAUCAGCUGUGGAAUGAGUUAUGCGAGCUGAUAUCAAAGAAUCCAGAUAAAAUACAUUCUUUAAAUGUAGAUGCAAUUAUAAGGGGUGGCUUACGGAGAUAUACUGAUCAAUUAGGUCAUCUUUGGAAUUCUCUUGCAGAUUAUUAUGUACGGAGUGGCCUUUUUGAGAGAGCAAGAGAUAUUUAUGAGGAAGCUAUACAAACUGUAACAACAGUUAGAGAUUUUACACAGGUGUUUGAUGCUUAUGCACAAUUUGAAGAGUUAAGCUUAAGCAAAAAGAUGGAGGAAGUUGCCAAAAAGGUUAAUCCUUCUGAAGACGAUGAUGUUGAUUUAGAAUUAAGAUUAGCAAGAUUCGAAUAUCUAAUGGAGAGAAGACUCCUACUUCUUAACUCAGUUUUGUUGAGACAAAACCCUCAUAAUGUAGCAGAAUGGCACAAAAGAGUAAAGCUAUAUGAAGGAAAACCUCAUGAAAUCAUAGACACCUAUACUGAAGCAGUACAAACUGUAGAUCCUAAGCUAGCUGUGGGCAAACUGUAUACAUUAUGGGUUGGGUUUGCUAAAUUUUAUGAAAACAAUGACCAAAUAGACGAUGCUAGAGUUAUAUUUGAAAAGGCUACUCAAGUAAAUUAUGCUAAAGUAGAUGACUUGGCAUCUGUUUGGUGUGAAUGGGCUGAAAUGGAAAUACGCCAUGAAAACUAUGAAGAAGCUCUUAAAUUAAUGCAGAAAGCUACAGUUUUACCUAGUCGGAAGGUUGCUUACCAUGAUGAUGAAGAAACUGUGCAAAUGCGUUUGUAUAAAUCUUUAAAAGUAUGGUCCAUGUAUGCUGACUUAGAAGAGAGUUUUGGGACCUAUAAAUCUUGUAAGGCUGUUUACGAUCAUAUUAUUGAUUUAAAAAUUGCCACUCCCCAAAUUAUAAUAAAUUAUGGUUUAUUUUUAGAGGAACAUAACUAUUUUGAGGAAGCUUUUAGAGCUUACGAAAAAGGUAUAGCUCUCUUCAAAUGGCCAAAUGUCUAUGAUAUAUGGAACACAUAUUUAACAAAGUUUUUGAAAAGAUAUGGUGGGACAAAAUUGGAAAGAGCCAGAGAUCUUUUUGAACAAUGCUUGGAACACUGUCCACCUGAGUUUGCUAAAGCCAUUUUUCUUCUUUAUGCUAAAUUAGAAGAAGAACAUGGCUUGGCUAGACAUGCAAUGUCUGUAUAUGAGCGUGCAACCACAGCAGUGCUUCCUGAACAAAUGUUUGAAAUGUUUAAUAUUUACAUUAAAAAAGCUGCAGAAAUAUAUGGUGUACCUAAAACUAGGCAAAUAUAUGAGAAAGCAAUAGAAACUCUUACAGAUGAGAAAUCACGAGAAAUGUGUAUAAGAUUUGCUGAAAUGGAAACAAAACUAGGUGAAAUUGAUAGAGCUCGUGCAAUUUAUGCCCAUUGUAGUCAAAUGUGUGACCCAAGAAUUACUGGAGAAUUCUGGAACACUUGGAAAGAGUUUGAAGUACGACAUGGAAAUGAGGAUACAAUGCGUGAAAUGCUAAGAAUAAAGAGAAGUGUGCAGGCCACAUAUAACACUCAAGUGAAUAUGAUGUCUGCACAAAUGCUUAGUUCUGCAGCACAAGCUGCAGGUACUAUUUCUGAUCUUGCACCAGGCAUGAAAGAUGGGAUGAGAAUGCUAGAAGCAAAGGCGGCAGAAAUGGCUGUGCAAAGUAAAGGUAACAUAUUAUUUGUCAGAGGGGAAACCCAAGGACUCAAGGAGAGUGACAAAGUGGUUAAUCCUGAUGAAAUUGACAUUGAUGAAGAUGAAAACAGUGGAGAUGAUGAAGAUGAACCAGUUCAGAAAAAAGAAAUCCCUGCUGCUGUUUUUGGAGGGCUGGUACCAGAUAAAGAAUAAA